AGAGGAUUCAUAUCCUGCAUCAAACGUUCAUUCCACCACAAAGUUUCGGAGGACUAUAUUAAGCAAUGCGUUUAUUGAGCCUUCUUGGCGUUUGUAUGAGUAUUGUUGCAAUCGAAGGAAAAUUCUUUUUGAGCAAUGUAUCAACGAAGUGGCACAAAGUGCAAUGUAAUCUGGUCGAACCAGAACUUAAUUUUAGCCGUUCCGAGCUGAAAGAAACCAUCGACGUCACUGCUAUUGAUCCUGAUGCAUGGAUAGGCUAUAUUUCGGCAAAGGUUCCGUUUUUGUUGUUAGGCUGUCUAGAAUUACCGAGUGGGGGAAUAGACGUAGAUACAUUUAGUCAGUGUUACAAUUUGUGCAAUGGAGGAAUUUGCGGGAUAAAGCAGAUUGAUAGGAAUCGUCAGAAAUGUCGUUGCGUAAGUGAUCUUGCGUCAGCAAUGCUUCAACAGUGCAAAGACACUUCAUGUCAUACUAGGUGUUACAAUGUUUACAUGCAAUAUGAAAUAACCAAACCUGUACAAACCAGCACUAUACAGAAUGGAGAUUGUCUGAUGUGCACAAACAAUACUGCAUUCUACUGGUCUAAAUGCGCAAACAGUGCGCCCAAAAAGAUGCAUCAACAGCAGCCAUGUCUAUUGGACUCGGAACAUCAAACUGGUCAAAUGGUAGAGUUUUCGAAACGAGUCAAGUUUCCAGCAACACCACGCAGUGAACUCGACACAUUACGAAAUGAACCGCCAGACCAAAUGCAUUGGACAGGCAUUAUCAGAAUGAGAACGUUAAUAAGAAAAUCGACCAUAGGAAAUUUUAGAUCGAUGGCAGGCCAGCGAUAUGCAUACGUGAAAGGUAACAAUAAAAAAGUCAAGUUUAGGAACACGGGCAAGAAAAAAGCUCUUUGUGUUAGAGAUCAUGAAACUACAAUGAUUGGUACAACAACAAACUCAACCCAAAGCACAAACGCAAAACAUUUAGAAGACAAGAGUUCGACCAACGUUCAUGAAACUACAACAAUUGGUACGACAACAAAAUCAACCCAAAGUACAAACGCAAAACAUUUAGAGGACCAGAGUUCGCCAAACGGUUAUUCGAUAAUUCAUGAAGCUACAACGAUUGGUACGACAACAAAAUCAACCCAAAGCACAUACGCAAAGCAUUUAGAAGACCAGAAUUCGACCAACGAUGGUCCAACUUCAUAUGUUAUAGUCGGUGUGUCAGUUGCAGUAUUGGUAGUUGGCGGUGCAGUUAUCAUCAUUUUACUUAAAAGAAGAGGAAACAUGAAGUGUUGGCAGAAAAAGAAUGUUUCACGGGGUGAAGGCAACUUAUUUCCUAAUGGACAGCCUGCUUUGGACACUGCUAGCGGUAUUGACAACUGCACCCCUUCUAGGGGGAAAUGCACACAAUCAGACCCAGAUAUUGUCAUUGAAAGAAAUGCAUCGUGUUCUCAAACUGGCGACACUAAUUACGAAUCUGUAGAGGAAACCGAAGAACCAUAUGCACGUGUUGAAAAUGAGAACGACAAUUGCACAACUAGAACCAUUGCAACUGCAAGAAAGUCAAAGACUAUUGACAAUGUUUAUGAUAAACUGAAUGACAGCCGGUCCUUGCUCAUUGGUCAUCAGGAUGGGAAAAUGCAUGUGCUUUUUCAAAAAACGGUUUGCGAGGUUGAUAACGAUUAUUACUUCGCAUCCGCUACACCGGCUACAAUUGCAAAUAGAUCACACGUAGACGAAGGAGACUAUAAUCACAUUAACCCUCCUACUGCUGUUACUCAGGACACAAAGACACAUAACAUGGGUGGAAAUACGGGUGAUUAUAACAUAAUAAAUGGUAAUGGGUUCAAGAUGGACACCAGUGAUACCGCUGAAUAUGGACAUCUGCAAACAGGUCGCACAUAACUAACAUUGUCGAUGGGGAGGUAGUUUACUGUAACAAGCAAACCAAUCUAGCUAGCUAGAUAGAUGGAGAGAUGGGUAUAUAUAUAUAUAUAUAUAUAUAUAUAUAUAUAUAUAUAUAUAUAUAUAUA